AUGGAGAAACGAGGACCAGCUGGUGCAACCUUCACCAACGAGAAGACACUCGUCUUGAAUCAAGGGGGUGCACAGACGUUCCAUGGGCCAGUCGUGGUCAAUAUAAGCUCCUCUCCAAUGUCCAGCACAUCUGCACCUACAAGGGACGAUGCAAACGAUCUUCUAAGAUCACUCGCAUUUGCAGAAAUGCACGAGACCCACCAUAGCAUUCGACGCCCACACAGGGGCACUUGUGAAUGGAUCAUAGAACAGGAUGUUUUCCAGAGCUGGAAAAAGCAGACUCGGGGUGUUUUGUGGAUCAAGGGAAAGCCGGGGUCCGGGAAGCCCAUAUUGAUGGCUUUUCUGUGGGACAGACCGCAACAUACACCACGCGAGGAGAGGGUCAUUCUCAAUUUCUUUUUCAAUGCUCGAGGCCAAGCACUCCAGCGUACACCACUGGGCAUGCUUCGGUCCCUGCUAGCCCAAUUGUGUCGCGAGGAUUCCUACGUCUGCGAUAUGAUGCGACAGGUUUAUCUGCAAAAGGGUAGCGCAGUCGGUGCCCGAAAGCAGAACUGGGAAUGGAAACAGCCGGAGCUAGAACGGUAUUUCCGGGAAGCAAUUGUCGCUUCCGCCCAGCGCAAACCGGUGACAAUCAUCGUAGACGCACUGGAUGAGGCAGGAGAAAAAUCUGCGUCUGAGCUCGUGACGUAUUUCAAUCAGCUAGAGGAAGAGCUCGCUGCAGUUGAUGCCAAAGCAAAGUUCUGUAUCUCUUCCUGUCACUAUCCCGUAUUAUCUGAUUCCCCGGGGCUUGAGAUUCACAUGGAGGCCCAUAAUGGCCACGACAUCGCGCUUUUCAUAAACGACCGCCUCGGGUGGAAGAGUUUUGUGGACCACAAUUACCCCAAAGACCAAGACGCGUGGCAAAACCUGGCUCUGAACUUGACUGAAAUGGCCCAUGGCGUGUUUCUCUGGGUCGACCUCAUUGUGCCCUUAGUGAAAAAACGGGUCAGAGAUGGCCAGUGCUUGGAAGAGGUCUACCUUUGGCUAGGGCAGGCUCCCAGGGAGCUGGCAGAUACCUAUGGUUAUAUCCUUGAGUCCGUAAUCGAUGAGAGUUACUUGGUCGAUUCAUUGGUGCUAUUCCAAUGGGUUUUUCUGGCUGAACAACCCCUGUCUGUGACAGAGCUGCGGUAUGCAAUGGCUUCAAGUCGCGCCGUCUUCACACCUCAGGGAAGCAUAGGGAAUGAACCUUGCAGACUUGUGAAAGAUAACCGGCUGAUGGCUUCAAAGAUCAAUGCAUGGUCCGGGGGUCUACUGGAAAUCAUUCCGGGAGACCAAGACUUUGUCCGACCCAUCCACCAGACCGUCAAGGAUUUCGUCAUGACGCAAGGCCUCGAUCAGUUGGCGGCUCGAGCAGUCCCCAGAUCUGCGAUUGAAAGAAGCCACGACCUCCAACCCGAACACCACCUAACACUUUAUCGGUCGUGCUUGAAUUAUCUGGUCACAGAAGUUGGCCAAAUACGACUGGAACGAUAUGAGAGAGAGGAGCUCUUGGAGGAAAUCCCUCUCAUAGAGUAUAGCGCCAACAAUCUUUUUUACCACGCGGAAAAGGCCAUGGCCGACCAGUCUACGAAUCUAGAGGACGAAACCAAGGCCCUGCAGAAGAUGAUGGACCAAUGGUUGAGUAUACAUCAGAAGAUUUACGGAAAUUCGUGGGUAUAUACGCGCCCGGGAAGUACUCUUUUACAUGAGGCCUCCGCUGCAAAUCUCGUUAAGAUGGUCGAAGGCCUUAUCUCCAGGGGUGCGCAGGUUAGCACGAAGGACGAUAAGGGAGACACUGCGUUGCACUAUGCCGCUAUAGGAGGACAUGAGGGGGUUGCCGGUGUGCUCUCGAGGGCAGGGGCAGACCUCCGGGCCAGAAACAAAUACAACGAAACGCCUCUGACGUACGCCGCGCAGCAUGGGCAAGUCCGUUUUAUCAAGUGGCUUCUGCUAGAGGGGGUCAACCUGGGUGAAGCUUUGCCAGACGAAGCAGCCCCAAGCGCCUUAAUGGAAGCGGCAAGGUGGGGACAUGACCAGGUAGUCAAGCUCCUCUUAAGCUCGGGUGCCAUGACCAAAGUCCAGAGGGAUAGCGCCCUGCUCGAAGCUGUUCGACGCCAAAAAUACGAAGUUGUCAAGUCAUUGUUGAAAGACGGCGUGGAAGCCAAUCCCACCACAAUAGAGGAGUACCAAUCUCCUCUCCAAGCUGCUAUAGAGCUUUCAAGCGAUGAAAUUGUGCGGAUUCUGUUCCAGCAUGGCGCGGACCCUUCCAGAUGUGACAGGUAUGACCGAAAUGCACUCCAUCUUAUGGCAGAGUGCGGGAAGUUUCACCUUGUUGAACGUUUGAAGAGGGUCGAUAUUUUGAUCAAUGAAAAGGAUUGCUUUGGGAAGUCCCCCAUCCAUGGGGCCAUUCAUUAUAAACACCUGGAUAUGGCCGAACUUCUCUUCAGACGGGGCGCAGACCCUCACACCCUGGACGGGUACGGAAGAAGUAGUGUCGACUGGCUUCGUGCUGAUCCUCAAAAUCAACCCGACAUAUUCAAGGAAAUCUGUUCUUCGCAUGCGCCCACUCCUCAGGAGAUCCAAGCGAGUGCCUUAAAGCAAUCUAAGAUCUGGACGGGGCUCUCAUGA